AUGGAAACUGCCAAUAAUGUCACUGAAUUUAUUCCGUUGGGGCUUUCCCAGAACAAGAAAAUUAAAUAUGUGUGCUUUCUAUUAUUCUUAUUUUGUUAUAUAGCUAUUUGGAUGGGAAACCUGCUCAUCAUGAUUUCCAUCACAUGCAGUCAACUCAUUGACCAACCCAUGUAUUUCUUCCUUAAUUACCUUGCUCUCUCAGACCUAUGUUAUACCUCGACAGUGACGCCCAAGCUAGUUGCAGACUUGCUGAUGGAAAGAAACACAAUUUCUUAUACUACCUGCAUGGCACAGCUCUUUACCAUGCACUUCUUUGGGGGCAUCGAGGUCUUCAUCCUCAUAGUGAUGGCCUAUGACCGCUAUGUCACCAUCUGCAAUCCCCUGCACUACGCUGUCAUCAUGAACAGGCAGAGGUGUGAUGCCAUGGUCAUGGCUUGCUGUGCUGGAGCAUUUCUGCACUCCUUUGUUCAGUGUCUCCUCAGUAUCAACUUACCCUUCUGUGGUCCUAAUGAGAUAAAUCACUACUUCUACGAUGUGUAUCCUUUGCUGAAACUGGCCUGCACUGACACAUACAAAGUGGGAAUCCUAGUUGUUGCCAAUUCAGGCAUGAUGGGUUUGGUGACCUUUGUGGUCUUGAUGAUAUCUUACUUUUUGAUAUUAUACACCAUCAGGGCUUACCCUGCAGAAAGCUGUAGCAAAGCUCUUUCCACUUGCAGUUCUCACAUAACAGUUGUGGUUCUGUUCUUUGUGCCUGUUCUCUUCAUUUACAUUAGACCAGCUGCAAGUUUUCCAGAUGAUAAAUUGUUUGCUCUUUUCUACACCAUCAUUGCCCCCAUGUUCAACCCUUUGAUCUAUACACUGAGAAACUUGGAGAUGAAGAUUGCCUUGAGGAGAGUGUGGCACCAGAAACUGUUUGUGAUUGGAAAGCAAAUGAUCUGA